UCCAAAGCACAAAGAGAAAAACCACUUCCUAGAGUGAGAGAGGUGAGAGUCUCUUUGAGAGAGAGAAGAGAGAUAGCUUGAGAAGUCCCUAUCCUCAAGCUUGAGUGAGCCACCAUAGAGUGAGUUAUUCUUGUAAGCCUACUAUUAUUUUGUAUAGUGGAAGAAUUCUCCAAAUUUGGAGAAUUAAACUUGUGUGCUCCCAUCACUACUCAAGUGCCUAUCUUAACUUCACGAAGCGGGAAAGUACGAAGCUUUUCCCAACAGUGGUAUCAGAGCCAAGGUUAAACUGAGUAUGCUCUGUGGUUGCAGCAUAGUCUGAACUUCCACACCAGAAAAGUUAUCCUUUGGUUUUGUGACAACUUGGUUCAUCAGAAGUCAUCAAUAGCUCGUGCAGUUCAAGAUGGAGGACAACAUCACUCAUGAAGGAGACAUGUUCAAGCUCACAGCCAACAACUACUCAUAUUGGAGGCCAAUGAUGGAGGAUCAUCUAUACUGCAAGGAUUUACAUGAGCCCAUCAUCUACAAAGACAAAGUUGAAGGCAAGAGCGAUGCUCAGUGGGAGCUACUAAAUCGGAAGGCCGUUGCUAUGAUCCGUAAGUACAUCGACAAAUCCCUCUUCGAGCAUGUUUCUACUUACACGAAUGCUUAUGAAUUAUGGACAAAGCUCGAGUCCAUGAUUCAAAAGAAAACACCUCGUAAUAAAGCCAAUUUAGCUCGGCGGUUGGUGAAGUUGGAGUAUAAGGAUGGUCAUAGCAUGAUUGAGCAUUUGAAUAAUUUCAAAGGACUCGUCAAUCAAUUAACUAAAAUUGAGAUGAAGAUUGAUGACGAGCUGCAAGCCCUUCUACUCCUUAGUUCCUUGCCGGAAAGUUGGGACACACUCGUAGUUACACUUAGUAACUCAGCUCCGGAAGGAAAGUUAACCAUGGACGCCGUCAGUGAUAGUCUUCUUGGUGAAGAAUCAAGAAGAAUGGAACGAGGUGAGUCUAUCCAUCCUGAGGCUAAUGUUAUUGAGAACCGGGAUAGGAACGAGACUCGUGGACGCAGUAAGAGCCGAGAUCCACAUCAAUCUCGAGGAAGAUCGAAAUCACGCUCGAAGAUCACAUGCUACUACUGUGGAAGGAUGGGUCAUAGGAAAGUGGAGUGUCGAUCCUUUAAGAGAGACCAGAAGGCCGGGAAUGUCAAAUCAGACCAAGUCAGCCCAACGAAGAAGCAAGAAGAUAAAAGUACCACUGCCAUAGUCUCAAAAGAAGAUCCGCUAUAUCUCGUUGGAGAAGGUAACAUGCUAAACAUUGCUUGUGAUGAUAGUUCUUGGAUUGUCGAUUCUGGUGCUUCCUUCCACGUCACUCCCCAUGGAAGUUUCUUCUCAUCCUACCAAAGUGGAGACUUUGGUACGGUGCAAAUGGGAAAUCAAGAUAGGAGCAAGAUCGCCGGAAUUGGAGACGUUAUCUUGACAACAAGCACUGGAUGCCAGCUUAUCCUAAGAGAUGUGAGGCAUGUACCGGCCAUGCGUCUCAAUCUUAUCUCCGCUGGAAAGUUAGAUGAUGCUGGUCUGAUGAAUUACUUUGGUGAAGGAAAAUGGAAGCUCACCAAAGGAAGUCUAAUUAUGGCUCGAGGGAAGAAGGAAGGAUCAUUAUACUUGAUGCAAGCCAAGCUCUGCAAAGGAGAGGUAAACAUAACCACUGAUGACAUGGAGGUAUGGCAUAAACGACUUGGUCACAUCAGUGAGAAGGGUCUCCACAUACUUGCUCGGAAGCAUCUCCUCCCGGACGUGAAAGGUAAACAACUUGAUCCAUGUGCUCAUUGUUUAGCUGGAAAACAACAUAGAGUUGCUUUCCAAAGAUCUUCUCCACCAAAAAGGAGAAAGAAUAUUCUCGACCUUGUACACACCGAUGUGUGCUCAAUGUCCGAGAAAUCUAUUGGUGGUGCAUUGUACUUUGUGACCUUCAUUGAUGACCAUUCAAGGAAGGUAUGGGUGCACCUGUUAAAGUCCAAGGAUCAAGUCCCUGACGCCUUCAAGGAAUUCCACGCUCUAGUAGAACGUGAGACUGGACGGAAGAUCAAGUGCGUACGAUCGGACAAUGGAGGUGAGUAUAGAGGUCCCUUUGAAGCCUAUUGCAAAAAAUAUGGUAUCAGGCUGGAGAAGACUCCACCUAAGACACCACAGCUGAACGGGAUAGCUGAGAGAAUGAAUAGAACAAUUGAAGAAAGAGUUCGUUGCAUGCUCUCUCAUGCUAAGUUACCCAAGUCCUUUUGGGGAGAAGCUAUAAUGGCUGUGAUUGACAUUGUCAAUCUCACACCAUCGGUUCCUUUGGACGGCGCCAUCCCAGAAGAAGUAUGGACGGGAAAAAGGGCUGCAUACAAUCAUCUCAAGGUGUUCGGGUGCAGGGCAUUUGUUCACAUCCCCAAAGAUGAGCGAGCCAAGCUUGACGCAAAGACGAAGGAAUGCAUCUACCUUCGUUCACCCAAGGAUGAAUUCGGCUACCGACUAUGGGAUCCAAUCAAUAAGAAGGUUAUCCGAAGCAGAGAUGUCAUCUUCUUCGAAGACCAAACAAUUGAAGACAUUAACAAGUCAGAGAAGCCGAAAUUGAGAAGCAGCAAGAGCACCGAACCUACUCUAGUUCGAAGUGAGGGUAAUGACACACCUCAAGACAAUGAUGCUGAUGAACAUGAACAUGUGUUAGAGCAAAGUAACCAGGAGACCCAUGGUGAGCUAGCGCAGGAAGAUCCUUAAUCUAGCUCUCUGCCAGCACCAGAGCUGAGACGCUCCUCUAGGGAAAAAAUACCAUCCACUCGGUAUAACCCCGAGGAGUAUGUGACACUCACGGAUGAGGGGGAGCCGCAAAGCUAUGAAGAAGCAAUCAGUGAUAUUCAUAAAGAAGAGUGGGGAAAAGCCAUGCAAGAAGAGAUGCAAUCCUUGCAUGAGAAUCACACUUAUGAGCUCGUGAAGCUGCCAAAAGGGAGAAGAGCCUUGAAGAAUAAGUGGGUGUACUGAAUCAAGACCGAAGACAGUAGCCCAAAACCUCGCUACAGAGCACGGUUAGUUGUCAAAGGAUUUGGUCAAGAAAAGGGCAUUGACUUUGAAGAGAUAUUCUCUCCCGUGGUAAAGAUGUCAUCCAUCCGAGUUGUCCUUGGCUUAGCAGCAGUGCAAGAUUUGGAGAUUGAACAACUCGAUGUCAAGACGGCUUUCCUUCAUGGUGACCUAGAGGAAGAGAUAUACAUGGAGCAGCCCGAGGGAUUCAAAGUUCCGGGCAAGGAAAACUUGGUGUGCCGCCUCACAAAGAGUUUAUAUGGCCUCAAGCAAGCACCGAGGCAGUGGUACAAGAAGUUUGAAGAUUGCUGUCAAGGUGCAGGUUUGCUACUACCCCCCAAUUAACUCGGGAGGGGGAGAAUUGUUGGGAUCCCUCCUUAAUUGGAGAGUUUCUAGAGAAGUAAAUAAUUUCCUAGAAACAACCGGAGAACUCUAGAGAAGUAUAGAACUCUCUAGAAGCUUGUGGAACAGUGUGGAAUCCUCUGGAAUGUUCUGGAGAUGUGUGGAACCUUCCAGAACCUUAUGGAAGAGUGUGGAGGAGUAUGGAACCUUAUAGAGAUGGAGCCUUCCCUAGAUAAUUCUAGAGAAUAGAUAUUUGUAUGUAGAUAUUUUUAGUGUAAGAAGAUAUUUUUGUGGAGAGUUCUGGAGACUCAUCCACAACCGUAGGAUCAAAUCAAUCCUAGCCGUCCAUUUGAGGAGGUGGAAGCUAUAUAAGGACUUGUGCUCCUCAUUUGUAAUCAAUCCAAAGCACAAAGAGAAAAACCACUUCCUAGAGUGAGAGAGGUGAGAGUCUCUUUGAGAGAGAGAAGAGAGAUAGCUUGAGAAGUCCCUAUCCUCAAGCUUGAGUGAGCCACCAUAGAGUGAGUUAUUCUUGUAAGCCUACUAUUAUUUUGUAUAGUGGAAGAAUUCUCCAAAUUUGGAGAAUUAAACUUGUGUGCUCCCAUCACUACUCAAGUGCCUAUCUUAACUUCACGAAGCGGGAAAGUACGAAGCUUUUCCCAACAGUAUGGUAAUCCAUGCAAGGAUCCUUCGAGGCACGUGAGCUGGGAUGGAGUACACUACUCAGAGGCUGCUAACUUGUGGGUUGCUAACAGGAUAGUCAACGGCAGCCUAUCUCGCCCGGCUGUUUCAGUUCAAGAGGCUUGUAAGCAUGUCUAGGAUCAGAACACUUCUUUAGCUAGCGCCUUGUUUUGCUAAUUUCUGCACCCUCCCUUUCUCGACCACAUUAGCUUCAGCUAAUCCAGUUUGAAUCGAGUAAACUCGGAAAUCUAUUAUGUGACAUUGUUCGUGGUCUUGAAUAAGCAUGUAUGCUGAAAAUUUAUUUUUUUGGUUAAAUGUAUGCUGCAAAAUUUACAAAUAUUCUGAUAGAUAAAGAUACAAGUAGUUUCUGUCAUAACACUAUAGAAUGUAUGCUUCAAAAUCAAAACACUAUUGGUACGUCGGUCUUGAGCAGAGCAUGUAUGCUGCAGAUUUGGUUUUUUUGCCCCCUAUAGAAUGUGUGCUUCAAACUCAAAAAAUUCUGAUAGAUUAAGAUACUAAUAGUUUCCGACAUAAGCGAGCACUAGACUGAACAAGUUAACACUGCAUUAUCACAGCAGAAUGCCAGAAACCAACAAAUAAAGGCCUACAGUGCAGAGGAAUGAAGACUAUGAAAACGA